AUGAGCUCAGUCAAUCUUAGGGUAUACGAUAUCUCUGGGGGCGCAGCGAAGAGGUGGUCUUCCAUUCUGAUAGGCCGACAGAUCCAAGGCGUUUGGCACAGCGGAAUCGAGGUGUUUGGCUUCGAGUACUUUUACGGAGGUGGGAUUGUGAAGAUGAAGCCGGAGAAUGUGGAGAUGACCUUUGGAAUAACACCAACGUGUGUACAUGACCUGGGCAGGACGAAGAUGACGCGGAUCGAGUUUGAGAAGUUUUUGAUUACCGCGAUGCCGUUAUUUCGUAAGGAGGUGUACAACUUGACAGAGUGGAACUGCAACCACUUUGCCAACUAUUGCUGUGAAGAGCUGUUGGAUCGACAGAUCCCGCAGUACAUCUUGGACUUGCCGCAGGAGGUCUGCAAGACGUUUAUGGGAAAGCUGAUUCUGAACUUCCUGAAGAUGAUCGGAGGAAGUGCGCCGGUGGCGGUUGACGACCCCAGUCACCCGUCCAAGACAGCGUCUCCGGGACAGCCGCCGCGGUCCGGCCUGCCCCGGCCUCCCGUUCGGGUCCAGAGCGAGCGAGUGGCGCCGCGCUGUAGGAGGAACUCUUGUCCAGCUUCUCCCAUACACCGCGGCCUUGCUAACUCAGCCGAGCCUCGGAUGCGCUCCCGACCUGCUGUGGCAGAGAACGAACGAGGAGCCAGAGGCACAACCCGAACCGCCAGAAGGAAGUCGGUCGCCAACACGGUCGUACCUCCUAGAAACCUGCUAUCUCCGCAGCCGUCCCCUCAAGCGACCACGCCCGAAUUUAUCCGGUCUCAACACGACCUCUUGUCGGCCUCUGACCGAUCGGCCCCUGACCGAUCGGCCCCUGACCGAUCGGCCCCUGACCGGCGUCUCAUCACGCUGCCGGUUGUGGAUUCGCUGCGAGACACUCCUCAUCCGCAAGACGUGCAACGAGUCAAAGGAUCGCCCAUCGCGGGCGCGGAGACAGAGGUGUUGUUCUCUCCUGUCCACAGGAGACUGUACGAGCUGGAAAGAGAUUUGUAUGCACCCAAAAAGCAGACCGCCCGCCGGAAAAGUCUGGCCCUGGCCAAGAGACCAGAAGCAUUGGUAUGCUAA